AUGGGUAAAUCAAGAGCAAAACAAAGAAAACAGGGAGAUAAAUGGUAUUACCUUGCAAAAGAACAAGGAUAUAGAUCACGCUCAUCAUUUAAACUUAUUCAACUGAAUAAAAAGUAUCAUUUUUUGGAAAAAACAAAAGUUUUAAUUGAUUUAUGUGCAGCACCUGGAGGGUGGCUUCAAGUAGCAUCUAAAUAUUGUAUUUCUGGAUCCUUAAUAUGUGGAGUUGAUUUGGUUCCGAUUAAACCAAUUCCAAAUGUUAUAACAUUUGUUGAAGAUAUUACUACAGAAAAGUGUCGUGGAAAACUUCGACACUAUUUGAAAACAUGGAAGGCAGAUACCAUUCUUCAUGAUGGUGCACCCAAUGUAGGAGUAUCAUGGCUUCAUGAUGCAUAUUCUCAAACAGAACUUGUUUUAAUGUCUUUAAAGAUAGUUGCUGAAUUUUUGACUUAUAAUGGCACUUUUAUUACUAAAUUAUUUCGCUCAAAAGAUUAUAACAAUUUAUUAUGGGUUUUAAAUCAAUUAUUUGGAAAAGUAGAAGCGACUAAACCACUUGCUUCAAGAGAUGUCUCUGCUGAAAUUUUUGUUAUUUGUCAAGAAUACAAAGCACCUGAUAAAAUUGAUCCGAAAUUUUUUGAUCCAAAAUUUGUCUUUGAGGAUCUACCUAAUCCAUCACAAGAUCAUCAAUCGAGAGUAUUUAAUCCAUCGAAAAAAAGACGUCAGAGAGACGGAUAUGAAGAUGGAAAUUAUAUUCAACAUAAAACUAUAAGUGCAGAGGAGUUUUUAACAUCAAAUAAUCCAAUUGAGGUUUUAAGCAUUGCAAAUGCUAUUAGCCUUGAUGAUAGAGAUUUAAAAAAUUAUAAAGGAAUAAAAGAUUUUGAUAUUACUACUAAAGAAAUUAUUGCAUGUUGUCAAGAUCUUCGAGUUCUUGGAAAGAAGGAUUUUCGUGGUUUGCUUAAGUGGAGAAUACUCGUUAGGGAAAAACUAGGUUUGGUUGAAAAAAAGGAAAAUAAUUCAUUAGAAAAAAUUGAAAUAGAACCAUUAAAUGAAGAAGAAGAAAUUGAAGAAGAGAUAAAGAGGUUGAAUAAUGAAGAAAUUAUGCGAAAAAAAAGAGAAAAAAGACGGAUGUUGGAAUUAAAACAAAAAAGCAUUCGACGUAUGCAAUUAGGGAUGAUUGAAGCUAUGGAUAUUGGAUUAGAACAGACUGAUAUACUUGGAGAAAAAUCUUUUUUUGAAAUAUCUUCAAAAGGAUUAGAUAAAUUAGAAAUUGAAGAUGAAAAAAUAGAUUUGAUUUCUAAUGAUGACAUUAGUACAGUAGAAUCUAUAAGUACAGAAUUUGAAGAUAGCGAACAUGAGUUAGAUGAAUUAGAAGAAGAGCUUGAUCAAAUGUAUGAAUAUUAUCUAUCUAAAAAAGAAAAGAAACUUAAGCCAAAAGCUGAUACUGAUCUUAACGAUAAUGAUGAUAUUAAAUUAAAUAAUAUAGAAGCUUGUAUGUCAGAAGAAGAAUCUAGUCUUAGUUUUGAAGAAAAUGAUAAGUUCGAUCAAAAUAGUGAAAAUAUUUCGAAAAGUUUAGAAUAUUCAGAUCUUAAAGAAAAACAAGAGUUAAGCCGGAAAGCAGAGCUAUUUUAUGAUAAAGAUGUUUUUAAAAUUCAUAACUAUAAUUUUGAAGAUUCUGAUGUUAAAAAAAGCACGGAAAAUAACUCAUUAAAAACAGUUAAGAAUCAAAUUAAGUUGCCUUCGGAAGUACAGAGAAAUAAAAUACCUGAUGAUAAUGCUAAACUAUUACAUGAAACAAUUAUAAAAGAUAAUCAGGUUGUUUCGGUACAAGAAAACAAAAAUAAGAGAAAAUCAGAAAUAGAUAUUAUAACAGCAGAAGCAAUGGAAUUAGCUCAAAAUAUAGCUUCUGGAAAAAAAUCCAAAAGAGACAUUAUUGACGAUGCUUAUAAUAAAUGGUCUUUUCAAGAUAAUGAUAAUCUUCCGGAAUGGUUUUUAGAUGAUGAAAAAAAACACAAUAAAAGAAAUAAUCCGGUUUCUAAAGAAGCUGUUAUGGCUAUUCGAGAAAAGAUGAAAAUGAUUAAUUCACGUCCUAUUAAAAAGGUAUUAGAAGCAAAAAUACGUAAAAAGAUGAAAGCUGUAAAAAGAAUAAAGAAAAUACAAGCAAAAACAACUUCAAUAAUUAAAACUAGUGACAUGAGUGAAAAAGAGAAAUCAGAAAGUAUUCGCAAACUUUUAAAAAAAGCUGUAAAAUCCCAAUAUAAAGAUAAAACAAAAAUAGUAUUUGCAAAAGGUGCAAAUAAAGGAAUUAAAGGAAGACCAAAAGGCGUUAAAGGAAGGUAUAAAAUUGUUGACUCUCGAAUGAAAAAAGAUCUUAGAGCAGCAAAACGUAUAGCUAAACGAAGGAAAUAA